GCGGCGCGCGCGGGCCGGAAGCGGAGGAGCGCGAGGCCGGAAGCGGAGGAGCGCGAGGCCGGAAGCGGUGGUGGAGGUGGCGGAGCGGUUUUCGUGAGCGGGGACGGCGGCGCCAAGAUGUCGAUCGAAAUCGAGUCCUCCGACGUGAUCCGGCUGAUUAUGCAGUACCUGAAGGAGAACAGCCUCCACCGAGCCCUCGCCACCCUCCAGGAGGAAACUACUGUGUCCCUCAACACUGUGGACAGCAUUGAGAGCUUCGUGGCCGACAUCAACAGCGGGCAUUGGGACACGGUGCUGCAAGCCAUACAGUCGCUGAAGCUGCCCGACAAGACCCUCAUUGACCUCUACGAGCAGGUCGUGCUGGAGUUGAUUGAGCUCCGGGAACUAGGUGCUGCCAGGUCUCUCCUGAGACAAACGGAUCCCAUGAUCAUGCUAAAACAAACUCAGCCAGAGCGGUACAUCCACCUCGAAAACCUUUUGGCCAGAUCUUACUUUGAUCCUCGUGAGGCAUACCCAGAUGGAAGCAGCAAGGAGAAGCGGAGAGCUGCUAUUGCACAAGCUUUAGCUGGAGAAGUUAGCGUGGUACCUCCAUCUCGUCUUAUGGCACUGUUGGGGCAGGCACUGAAAUGGCAACAGCAUCAGGGCCUGCUUCCCCCUGGUAUGACAAUUGACUUGUUCAGAGGCAAAGCAGCUGUGAAGGAUGUAGAAGAAGAGAAGUUCCCCACACAGCUGAGCAGACAUAUUAAGUUUGGGCAGAAGUCGCAUGUGGAGUGUGCUCGUUUUUCCCCGGAUGGACAGUAUCUUGUUACUGGCUCUGUUGAUGGUUUCAUUGAAGUAUGGAACUUCACCACUGGAAAGAUUAGGAAGGAUCUGAAAUACCAGGCACAAGAUAAUUUUAUGAUGAUGGAUGAUGCAGUGCUGUGCAUGUGCUUCAGCAGAGAUACGGAAAUGCUGGCAACUGGAGCACAAGAUGGAAAGAUCAAGGUGUGGAAAAUCCAGAGUGGUCAGUGUCUGAGAAGAUUUGAACGAGCACACAGUAAAGGUGUUACAUGCCUCAGUUUCUCUAAAGACAGCAGCCAAAUUCUUAGUGCUUCUUUUGAUCAGACAAUCAGGAUUCACGGUUUAAAAUCUGGGAAAACUUUAAAGGAAUUCCGUGGUCAUUCUUCCUUUGUCAAUGAAGCUACUUUUACCCAGGACGGCCACUAUAUCAUCAGUGCGUCCUCUGAUGGCACAGUGAAGGUUUGGAACGUGAAGACAACAGAGUGCUCAAACACCUUCAAAUCUCUUGGCAGCACUGCUGGGACAGACAUUACUGUGAACAGUGUCAUUCUGCUGCCUAAAAACCCAGAACACUUCGUUGUUUGCAACAGAUCGAAUACAGUCGUCAUUAUGAAUAUGCAAGGACAGAUUGUAAGAAGUUUUAGCUCUGGUAAGAGAGAAGGUGGUGACUUUGUCUGCUGUGCACUUUCACCUCGCGGUGAAUGGAUCUACUGUGUUGGUGAAGAUUUUGUGCUCUAUUGCUUUAGCACAGUGACCGGCAAGCUGGAGAGAACCCUGACUGUUCAUGAAAAAGAUGUGAUUGGCAUUGCUCACCACCCCCACCAGAACCUGAUUGCCACUUACAGCGAAGAUGGCCUCCUCAAGCUCUGGAAGCCGUAGCUUGAUUUUACAAUGAGCUAUGAAGUGUGCCUGUUAGCUGCAGGAUAUUGAUGUUUGUGCUUUAACAAGGUCCAAAUCCCGAGAGUGUGAUAUUGGCUCAAUUUUCAGUUCAGGUUUCCAGUAAAAAUGGCAUUUCUACUUCUUGGUCUGAAGUUAGGUAGAUUGAUGCUUAAAUAUAGCAUCAGCUAAUUUUAAAUACUUUUAUUUUUACCAGAAUAGCUGAACCAACUUCAGUGAGAGGGUUUUUUCCCAUCUCCUGAAAUCUGUAUCUUCCUACAGUGUUUUAUUAUGAAAGCUGAAUGAACUAGAAACCGUACACGCUUAGAAGUGGUUGCUGGCUUCCUAGAAUACAGUAAGAUUCUUUUUUUUUUUUUUUUUAAUAAGUGAAUUAUGUGGAAUGGGAAAGCUGUCUCUUUUCCACUGCUGACACAAAGGCACAGUUUUCCUGGAAUGCAGAUGAAAUUACUCUCCUCAGCUUGAAGGCAGAGGCUUUUUUAGUCCAGUGAGUUUUGCUGUGUUCAAUUUUCACUUUAAUUUUUCCAGUUACACUUAUUAAGUAGUGUCACACAGCUUCCUUGGAAUGAAACUAUUCUUCCCCAUCUCCCAGCACUUCCGGCUAUGAGCCUGCCUAACAAGGCAGUGAGAUGUAGUUGGGUUUUUUUUGUACAUUGGUUAGUUGGUCGAUUUGUUGUUUUUUUAAUGGGCUCUUUGGGGGGGUGGAGGGGUGUUUUUUUCUUUGUUGGGUUUUCUUUGGUUGGUUUUGGGUUUUUUACACAUGAGUUCCAGGCUGAAAGGAAUUAUUACCUGGGCCUUCUUCCUAUAAGUGCAUAUUGUCUUCAGACCACCAUUAACUGAAGCAGGCCUCAGGGGAUCAAUAUUUUGAAACAUGCAAAAAGCUGAUUUACACAGGCCAAGUUCCUAAUGCUGUGAUGCUGCACAUGCUGCAUUUGUUUGGGUUUUUUUCCAGUUUACUCUGUUCAGCUUCCUCUUCUCCCAAAAGGGCAUGGCAUACUUAAGCUUCAAGUGAUCAUUUGUAAGAUUUCUUUUUAAUUUCAUAUACCUGUGGACCUAGUUAAGGUGAUCCUUAGGUCCCACACUAUGAUAAAAAAGAAGCUUUCAGGCUCUUCAGUUUGGAGCAGAUGAUGAUUCCAUCUGAGAUCCUGACUAAUGCACACUUUUGUGAAUGUACACCAGAAUCUGGCCAUAGUAUUUUCUAGGAUGCAGCAAAAAAAUGAUAUUUUGUUUGUAACGAUUAGACAAAUGCGUGUAGGUUUGAAUCUGCCGCACUGUUUCCUGUCCUCAUCCCUUGUAGAAUACUUUCGUGCCACAGUAAUCUGUUUGAACAGUAGUAACUUCUCUUUGACUUAAUAAAUUAGUUCCAAUUUAAACAACCUCACAAUUUUAUUUCAGCUGGAGGGCUUGCUCCUAAUGCAGGUAUUGGUUGUCAGCUGGUGGCUGACCUACAGCUCUGACCUGUGCACUUGAUUGGUGGUGUUCAUAUUGGUCUAAGGAACUGCAGAAAAAUUUCAGCUUAACCUCUCACAUAGCAUUGCUUGUUUACUACAACUGUAAUGUUUAGUUCUGUGUUUAGCUGUAGUGUCUUGGUUCCCAAGUUGUUUUUUACUUCUUCAAUAUGGCAAUAAAGUUAUUUCUUAGAUAGCAGGAAGUGAUAAUUUUUCCUGCCUGAAAAGACAGUGGCGUGUCAGAAACGUAUGAGAAGAAUACAUCUGACAAGCUCCGUUGGCAGUUAGUACUUUUGAUACAGGAGAAUAUCUUGACAAAAUACUUUCAAUAUUAUUUAACUUGUGAUUCAUUUUGCUUUCAGAUUACACACAGCUGCUAAUUCUCAAUGUAAACGAUAUCUUACAUUGUUCUUUAAGUAGUUGUAGCAAAUAAACCUGUCAGAAUCCUGAAUGUUUAAAGAUCGAAAUACAUACAAAAGUAAGAAAAUCUGGCAUUUCUUAUGCUUUUCAAGGGUUUCAGAGUUUAUUGCAUCAAAUAUUCCAGACAAAAUAAAAAUGUACUCAUACUUAAGAAAGGGCAAGGGUAAAACUUACCUCCUACCUUCAGCUGUAAUUUGUAAAAUAGCUGGCAGUUGGCGUAAAAGUACAAUGAUAAUCUUGAAAAUGUUAAUUUUUUAAAUGAAAAUGGUAACUUUUUUUUAAUGUAUAUGUUAAUUUUUAAAAUGUAAUGUAGGGAGGCAUUUUCUCCCUGGAGGAUCAGCCAGGUGUUAGGCUACUUACUUGUAUGUAAAACUUGAACAAGGCAACAUCUAGUGCUCUGAACUAAUAUUAAAGAAAGCAUUGUUCACCCAUG